UUUCCACCCUAUUGCAUUGGUUUUAUUAUCUCUAUGCUAUUGCAUCGGGUUUAUUAUCUAUCUCUCUAUAUAUACUUGUCCAUCAAAAAAAUACUUUGUCCGAUAUCAUCCACCACAAAGAAAAGUCUCCUAUAGCUCCGACCACCAUAAAAAGUAGAAAUUCAGCUCCAAGCGCCAUUGUAUUUCAAGCUCCGACCGCCAUUGAUAUUCAGCUCCAACUUCUCAUUUUCAAUAUCUUUCUCAAUCUGUCACCAUCCUCAGCCACUCUAUCUGACCAUCUGAGUUUCCUUUCACCCCAAAUCCAUCAUAUUUCAGCCACUGCCAAAUUUGUACUCUACUAAUCUCAGCUACGAUAGCAUCCUCCAAGAAAUUGUAAAGAGGCACUACUGGUCCGACCACCACUUCAAUUUUUGAGCAAAUUUGAGGCUUUCUUCUAAUUUGUUGAUUUUAAGCAUGCAAGCUUCGUCAUAGACGAUGCACUAAGGAUUGCAUUUUCUUGCCUCACUUUCCCUCUGCUGAACCAAAUAAAUUUAUUGUUGUUCAUCAUAUUUUUGGUGCUAGCAACAUCAGCAAAAUGUUACAAUUUCAGAUUAUCCAGGGCAUAAUAUUAGGUAGGAAGCUGUGAAGGAAACUGAUUGUGGUAGUUGGUCGACAGUAAGGAGUUAAUAUCAGGAGUUGUUACUAUACGAGCAUCGAUCACAUUGUCAACCCCAAGGCCAAAUUUUCUCAUCUUUUGAAAUUGAAUUACCACCUACGUGGUCUCUGCUGGAGUUUUACUGGUACUGGAAUGAUUCCUGGUUUAGUUCAUCUUGUUUACUCUUCAUUCCAUCUUGCCUGUAGUGGAUUAGCUGGAUCUACUAUUGCAGUGUUCACAACUCCCUUCGAUGUUAUCAAGACAAGAUUAUAGACACAGAUUUCUGGAUCUAGGACUCGUUUUGGUGUAUUCGGCAUAUUUCAAGAAAUUGGGAAGCGCGAAUGUCUGAAAGGUCUCUACAGGUAAUGGUUGGAUAGCCUAUUGAAGUAAUUUAACUGAAUAAUACCUUUUGAUAAUAUUUGAUACACCCACUAAUCCCACUCAUAUAUUUUCAAUGCUAUAACAUAUUUUAGCAAUUUAGUUUAUUGGACGUGGUGCAUAUCCUAUCAAACUUAGUUUAUUGGGCAUAGAAAUAUUAAUAAUUUAAUUGUUUGUGCUGUCGCCAAGUUAUGUUGAAUGAAUACCAACAGUAUUCUAAAACCAUACCUCAUAUUAUCAAUACACUGUUGACGCUAGCCAUUUUAUUUGUUCUGGUAAUAAUGAACCUUGAUUCCAUGGCAGGGGCUUGAAUCCUAGAUUGAUCAUAUAUAUGACUCAGGGAGCACUUUUAUUUGCAUCUUAUGUAUCUUUCAAGAGGGUUUUUUCUUUAGAUAUCCCACAGCCUAAAAUAGAAACGGUUCCAUAUGAACAUUAAAAAGAAGAUGAUCGUGCAAUGCUGCCUUCACCAAGCUAACAAAAGAAAGAUCAGUUCAUUUGGUUCUUUCAAUACUUCAUAGAAAGAUGCAGCCUGACUAUUCAUCAGGUUGUGAACCAUGUGGCAGCUUGUUCCCCUCAGGAAUUUCUCCAUACAUUAUUCUUUUGGUGUUUUUGACUAGUACAUACCAUUCUGUUAUUUGUGAUAUUAAUUUUGGUUGAUGUCUUCCAAACAAGGAGCAGUAGGAUUGAGGAUGAGAGUGUAUGAUCGUACUGUGUGCUUUGUGAACUGUCACUUUGCUGCACAUUUAGAAGUUGUUGGUCACCGAAAUACUGAUUUUGACCAUGUGUAUCGAAGUAUGAUCUUUAGUCGGCCAUCAAACUUUCUCAAUGUUGCAGCUGCUGGUGUCUCAUCUGCUAUUCAAAUGCUUCGAAGUGCAAAUAGUGCAUUUAACUCUGCAGAAGCAACACCUGAGAUAUCUGAGGCAAAUAUGGUUGUGUUUCUUGGUGACUUGAACUAUCGGCUUGAUGGCAUUUCUUAUGACGAAGCGAGAGAUUUUAUUUCCCAAAGAAGAUUUGAUUGGCUGAGAGAGAGGGACCAAUUGCAUACAGAUAUAGAUGUUGGGAAUGUCUUCCAAAGAAUGCGUGAAGCAGUCAUGAGAUUUUCCCCAACAUACAAAUUUGAGAGACAUCAAAUUGGCUUAGCAGGUUACGACUCUGGUGAAAAGAAGCAAAUUCCUGCCUGGUGUGACAAAAUUUUGUAUCGUGAUAGCCGUUCCACUUCAGCUUUCACAUGCAGCUUAGAUUGUCCUGUUGUCUCAUCAGUUCUUCGGUAAGUUUUCCAUAUAAUGUUUCUAUGGAUUAAGAUAGCUUAGAUUGUUCUGUCUUCCGUUCCACUUUUGGUUUCCUUCGUUGGUUAAGGUAACUUCCAUUUCUUAUAUUAGAGGAUUGGAUAUUUUCCAUCAUUGUAGUGCCUGGGGCUUGAUGAGAGUGUUUCCUCUCUCCCGCUCUCCUUUUUGUUCCUUUAUCUAACUUUUUUCCUACAGCUGGAAGUUUGGACGUCACAACCAAUUCAGUUAUUCUGAACAUUCUCAUGAACCAUGAUUUUAGUAUUCACACUUGCCUAUUUCAGAAUUCUGAACAUCAGAAGUUCUAUGAGUACCUUAGCAUUUCCCUUAAAGCUAACUAGACCCCAAAGAACUUAGGAUACAUGCAGCAUAGCCUUCUAUUUUAUGCUACAGCGGACAAAAGUAUGGAAAUGAAGCAAAUGUAGCAUUGGAACAUAUUCUUUCAUUUAAAUGAGAAGAUGAAAUUGGUAGUAAAUGAGUCAAAUGACUUAUUAAGGACUCUGGUCAAAUAAGUGAUUCUAAUCUUAUUUGAACUCUUAAGUGAACUCAAUAUGCUUGAAGUAGAACUCCAACAAGGUAUUGACCCAUUAUAUUAUGUUGCAAUGUGAUUCUAAUCUUUCUAUGUUGUCAUUUAAGUGCUAAUUUAUAUUAUUUGUUCUCUUUUUAUAGGUGUCCAAAAUGAAGAAAGAAAUGAAGAAAGUGAUAAAGACAUUGAACUUACUUGAGAUGAUUUUUGGGUUGUAGAUAAAUGCUCUAAUAACAAUAGUUUUUUGUUGAAUUUCUUCAAACUUAUCGUGACUCGAACUUGCUAGUAUGUAAAAACUUGACUAAUCAUUUGGACUUGAUUACAUUUUGCUUUUGGGUUUAAAUUACAAGCUUGUUGCAUAUUUUAAAU